AUGAUUGAGAAACUCUCGGUUAAGAGAUCACAGCAAAAGUUUUUUUUAUAUUCGGGUGUAGUGCUAUGGCUAGUGGCUAUAAAUGUAUGGUUGUUUUGUACAUAUCAUAGUAGGUCGCGAUCGUCUUAUGGCAAUGACACUGCUAGUGACCAUCUAUCGAUCUAUGACGAAUUUGGUCUUGAUUAUAAGCUAGGUUCAAAGAGUCAAAGUGGAUCGGGAUCGGGAUCGGGAUCAGGAUCGGAAUCAGACCCAAACUCGGAAAACAAAUCGUUUAAAGAUGACAUCACCAUCAAGAUAUUACAGAAACAUCAGCUGAAAGAAAAGGAUAUUCGGGGCGUAGAUGCUCAUGCUUCCAUUUAUGACAAGAUUUUUGCAAACCACGAUAUUGACUCCAUCUUUGGCAACUUGAACUUUGAACAACGCUGUGAUUUGUUUUUCCAAAAUUUGUUUAUGCAUGAUAAUAACUGGAUUCUUAAAGUUAAUGAACGAAAUCGCUUGGAAAACAAGAAUGAGUUUAAAUUCAAUGAUUUUAAAAGAGUCCACUUGGAAGAAUAUAAAAAGGAAUUUGCCAGUGCAAACCACAAGAAUCAUGAGGAUGUUGAAAACACUCCAGAGUUUGAGCAGUUUGUUAGAACUAAAUAUGACGAGUUUUGGAAGAAAACUAUGAAGUAUGAACAAAAAAUUGUUGAUCAGAUAUCGAUUAUGAGAGUGUUUAACAAAUGCUAUAUUACUAGUGAUAACACGACUCAAGUUAAACGUACCAACGAGUUUGUCAAUGAUCAACAUAAGCUAAUGACUAGCUUACAUUGGGCCUCUUCCAAAAAGAGCAAAGUUCCCAGUUUCAAAUUCACAAAGGAAGAGAAUAGAAUUCAUUUCAAGUCCAUUAAACAUUCUGCUUUGGAACAUAGAGUAUAUCCUUGGUUAUCCUUUGAAUAUCCAAUAUAUGAAAGAUUCACGAGCAAAGUAAGUUACCAUCCGCCAAUAAUGUCAAAGUACCUUCCAGAUCAAGAAGAACAACGCACCACUAAACCAACAAAACAUUCAAACGAAUUGGGAUUUUUCUUGAACAAGUUCAAAAAUCAGUGCAAUGGGAGAGGUAUCGUGUUGACCAUUGGUGAUUCGCAUGUUGAAGAUACAGUUAAACUAAUACAUUUAUUACGAGCAUUGAACAAUAAACUACCUAUACAAAUUGUAUAUUAUCAAGACAUUUCAAAAGAAACAAAAACAAAAAUAGUCACUGCAGCCAGAGAGUCCAUUGGAGCAUUUCCCAAAUCGUUUGAAAAGGUUAAAGAAUAUUUUCCAGAUGACUAUUUAUCAAACGAUGGAGGAUUGCCCAAGCAGGAAGUGUGGUUUGUCAACACAUACAAUGUCAUUCAUGAAGAUUUCAAAGAUCGAUUUAAAGGAUAUGCAAAUAAAUUUCUUGCUACUUUUUUCAAUUCAUUUGAUGAGUUUAUGUUGAUCGAUGCUGAUACGGUGAUGAUGCAGAAUCCAGAUCAUUUUUUCAAUUUACCAGGAUACAAAGAGAAUGGGGCUUUUUUUUAUAAAGACCGUACUACUUUUGAAACAAGACCCAAAUCAGACAUUGUAUUUUUCAAGAAACUCGGUCCAUCAAUAGUUGACUCUGUAAUGUUUGAUAUUCCUAUAAUGACAAAACACACAGUUGAGAACGAUUUCAUGAGGGGGUUAUACCAUUAUCAAGAGUCUGGUCUUGUAAUGCUCAAUAGGAAAAUCCAUUUUAAUGCGAUAUUACUCAUGUUUCAGUUAAAUUUCAACGAACCAGUAAAUGGCAGAAUCCAUGGUGAUAAAGAGAUUUUUUGGUUGGCACUAGCGAUAAACGGGAAUGAAAACUAUGCAUUUAAUGAAAACUAUGCAGCAGCAAUAGGUAAGGUGACCCCACAAACAGAACGAACAAAACCAGACGGCACACCUCAUCAAUCAGUAGAACUAUGUUCCCCUCACCCUGGGCACAUAUCAGAUCAAGACAAUGCCCUAGAAUGGAUAAAUUCCGGGUUCUUUUAUUGCUCAAAAUCUCCCAUUGUUGAUUUUAAAAAGGAAGCUGAACAAAAAGCACGAUUAAAGUCUUUAAAGAGUGCUGAAGACUUUAAAGCUUUUUAUUAUAGUCCACUACGUAUCUCCAGUGCAGUUAUCCCGCCUUUGGAUCUUAAUGUAUGGGCAGUCAAUGUGGAAGAUGAACCAAGCCGAGGAUGGUUUAUGGAUAGCCGAUAUUGUAAAGGGUAUAUGUGGUGUGCUUACACAAGUAUUGGUGGUUUGAAAAGUGACGGAGAAAGUAAUAGAAAAGAAGGAAGGUUGAUUCACUUUACUGAAAAAGAAGAAGCUCUUUUCGCUUAUUACGGUGAUAUCUGGGUAGGUUUAGAAUAA